GGGGGAAGAGGGGAGGGAAGAAGGUGCAUCAGUAGGAGCGUGCUGCCUGGGAGGGGAGCCCGCCGGGGACUGGGGAUUCAUGGCCACCAGGCUUGAUUUGGUGCAAUAGUUUUAUGGCAGAGAACAACUGCAGUGCUAGGAAGAUUCAGGAAGUAAACUGCUGAUGAAGCAGAGAUUAGGAGUUUGGAGAGUUUUUUAUCUGGAUGAAUGCACAGCUUUUUCUCUUGCAGGCUUCUACCUUAAGCUACAAAUUGAUCCCAAACCAAAUCAUCCAAUCCAAACGGGCCAAAGUCUAAAUGGCCUUAAAUCAAGUUCCACCUAGCAUUAAUAAGCAAAAAGUAUCACUCAUCUUCUCCAACAUUUUCUUUUGCUUUUAGUUUAACAAGAACCAAAUUUUUACAGGACAUUUUUUAACUCAGUUCUCUUACUUGCUUUCUAGUAUGGCUGAGUAAAAAAUGCUGGAAACGCACUGCAACCACGUUAGACUUUAAUGAAUAAAGUGCUGGAGUACCGCAGGUUUAGUGUGAGGCUAAAAAGGUUAGGUCUGAAAAGAGGAGAACAGAUUUCCAUUUUUAUUUUAUAAUACAAGCACUAGCAUUAAUAAUUAAUCUGUGAUUCUAUUAAGGAAUAUUCUGUUGCUCAAGAAGAGGAUAAAAAUGGGAGCAGUGUGGAAGGGUCAGUGAGACAAACGUGCCAUGGCAUAGAGUUGUUUGGUUACCAGUAAAACCAGAUAGUGUAAACGUAUUCCUGACAAUGCAGAGGUUCAGCAAGUUGUAUUAGCUUUGCCAAAGAAUUUCUACUGCUGUUUGUUCAUUUUUAAUGCCUGACUUGUAUACCUUGCCAGCAGAAUGAAUAAUUAUUACCAUUCUGCUUUUGUUUGUAUUCCCUUAUAGUCUGACAUAUUCUGCAACAUCAAGAUGAGAGUCAAACACCAGCAAUAAAUUAAACUAACUGCCAUGAAACCUUUACUGUUUCUGUAGAUCACAUCAGUUGACACUAGAUGGAUGAUACAAGAUAAAGAAAAAUGUCCAUGUUAAAAACCAUGAGUGGAUUUAAAAAUGUCUGAGCACUUGUGUUUGAUUCAAAUGCUGAUCCAGGUUUAAGACAAAAUGUUACUUGUCAGCUCGAAAACAUCAAAACAUCACCAUAGCCCUAAGUACUGCUGCCACACAGUGACUUGGCUUCUGCCAUGUUCACACAAACCUCUGAAGUGGGAGGCAGAGUCCAAUUUAGCCCCACAUGUGUAUUAUAACAAAAUAUACACACCACCAAUGGGCAGAGCCGCAGAGGCAGGGCAGCAGAUCCUGGGCUCGGCAGUACGCCUUUACUCAGAGUAGCAGUAUAGAGCAGGUUAUCUGGUCUCAGGUAACAAUUUCAAGGCAUGGAAAUCUCUUGUCUUUUCGGAUAGGUAAAUUGAGUAUCUCUUCAGAGAAUUUUGCAAGUUGUUAAUUAUAAAAAGGCAGUAAAAUUGAAAAUGAAAGACCAUGACUGUGAUUUUGGGUUACAUUGCUGAGCCAUAAGUGCCAUAGAACUUGAGUUAUGGGAAGAAAUUAAAGGAAAAUUAAAGCUGAAAACUUUCUAACAGUGAGAUCUGCUGGAGCAUGACAAGAGUCACCCAUGUAAAACUGUAGAUGCUUUUCUUGCCUGACAGUCUCAAAACUGAGCUGGACUAAGUACUCUAUAAGGAGCCUAUGGAAGAAGCCUUGCAAAGCAAUCUUUAUUCCUGACGUACCCAAAGUACUCUGAGAGAAUAUAAAAGACACCAUGGCUUUGAACAGAAACCCCCUGUUGCAUUGUUUCCCUUCUCAAUCUUGCUAUCUUACUUUGCUAUUACAUAACAUUAAAAAUAUUUGAUUGAAGUAUUUAGUUACUCUCUCACUAUACCAAUCAACACCUGCUGGAACAGGAGAAGCCAUCAUGAACCUGCCCAUACAUGGAGGUGCCCUUUAUACACAUCAGAAUUAAUUAAUAUUCCUUUACCCUACUUUAUUCAUUCUUCCUAGUAACAUGGGUCAUGUAGCAGCCAUCUUGAAUGCUUUAACUUAAAAUACUUACAUGGGCUCUACAGAUUUUUUUUCAGAGCAAUUUUUGUGUAUUUUUGGUGUGUGCAUGUUUAUUAUUAUUUUACUAUCAGUGACAUUCAAGAAAGUUUAUAGACACUCGUAUGCGUUUCUUUCAAAUCCGUUUUUCUGUAACUAUCCUACACACCACUGGACAUGACAGUUUCUAUGUGGUUUUAAUUUUUGGGCUGAACACAAACAUAGAGUUCAUCUGUGAACGUUGCUGUUCCCUGCUGCUCUGGUAGCUCUUUAUGCUCAGUCUUUUUAAUGAUUAUGUAUAGUUCAUCUUCUAAAUGCCUUUUCUGCUGUUUACUGGAGUUGUAAAGUAUUCACCAACUUCAUGAGAUGUGACCAGUUCGUAAGAAGGAAAGGAGAUUUGAUUAUUUAAAUUGCAUGGAAAAAUAUGCAUGCUGUCACAACAAAGAAACGCGUAGGAUUGUAUUCUCACACUCAUACAAAUCAGGAAUAACUGUAUGUAAACUAGUGGACUGAUAGCACUACAAACCCAAUUUAAAUGUCAGUAAAAUCAGGUCCACCAAUUCCCUGUAAGAGAAUAUUGUAAUUUUAAAGAUCAUAUUGUACUCUGGAAGAUGUUUACCUUUUACCUACAUUGAGGCCAGUAAUACCAGAAUUAAUUAAAACUAGAAGGAAAAAGAACAACAAGCUUUUCUUCAGAAACAUUUGUAGAUUUCCUUUUUUGAUAUUAGUGUAACUGCAGAAGCACUGAGACUGCAUCCCAGAUAAGUGCUGCAGGUGGUGGUCAUGGCUGUACCACCGCCCAUCCUUGGGGUCCCACUGGUCCCAGCACCGCAGCACUGUGCAGGCAGCACAAAUACAGCAAUGCACAAUGACACAUGGCCACGGGAGCAGAAAGGUCUCCCAGAGCUGUACACAUGUGCUGGUGGGUGCUGGUGUUACUGCAUAGCUGCUGGUUUUAAAUCCUGGCAUAGAAACAUCUCAAAAAUAUUAUGUAAGUAGGAGGAAGGACUUACACUGAUUUAGUGUUGUUAUGGGUUUGUUGUAAAUGAUCCGCGUUUUGUUUAUCAAUUAUUGUACACUGUUGCUGAUGCAAAGUGCAUCUUUUAAGAAGACAAACUGUUUAAGUUUUCCUACAGUUAUAGCAAGUAAAGAAAAGAUAGCAUUGAGGCUCAUCUGAUUAUAGCACACUUCUAUAGUUUAAAAGAUUUUCCAAUUUUAUCUAUUUAUAAAAUUACUUGCAGCUGAGGAUUAAAGAGAAAGGUUUAAAGCAGAAAAGCUGAUUUAAGACUGAAGAUCUUUCUUAGCAGCAUCCAUUUAAAGUUAAUCUUUGAUCAUCUCUGAAGCUGAUUACCUAACAUAUAAAACCUAUAAAAAUUAUCCUCUCUUUUAUUAUGCAAUACAAAUAUUGUACUCCUUCAAAGUCAGAUGAUUGUGGAAUAAUAUUUAGAAAAUCUGUUGAUAACACAGUAGUGGUGUUAUAGACAAACAGGCCAUGGUGGGAGGAGGCAGAAGGACAGUGACAAGCUUUGUCAUUGUCACUUCCAGCAGAGCAAUACAGUGGUAGAAACACAGAGGGGGCUUGUAAGGCACUGACACUUCUCCCAAUAUAGCCAAGGGCUUAAUAUUGAAAUGUACUCGAUAGAGAACAUACAAGAGCUCCAGAAAUGCUCUUACACUCUAUCUAUUAAUUUUACUUGUUAUUCUGCCUGUAUAGUGAAUACUCCAUGCACUCCUCUGUGCCGCUUUGCCAAAGCAAAAAUAAAUAUCUAUGUUCAGAUUGCCAGAUUUUCUACUUGGGCUUCUUGAAUACUUGCUUCUUUCGUUUCCCUCAGUAACAGCGUGCUGUCAGUUCACUCAGUGUCUGCAGUCUGUUAAUACCAAUGUCCACCAAUGGCAGAAGCCCUCUGCAGAGCCUCCCAGGAGCAGAGCUCUGACAGCUGCUGUCCUUCGGUGUCUCUGCUGGUGGAUUCUGCCUCUCAGAAACUCCCUUAAUGUGAGGAGGCUUAUACAGAAGGUCAGCGGGACAAUGUACAAUACAGGGAGACAUGUUUCUCUACGAUUAGACAAAGAGCAUUUGGUCAACAUCUCUGGAGGGCCCAUGACAUACAGCCACCGCUUAGAGGAAAUCCGGUUACACUUCGGAAGUGAAGACAGCCAGGGAUCAGAGCACCUUCUCAAUGGACAGGCGUUCUCUGGGGAGGUUCAACUGAUCCACUACAACCAUGAGUUGUACACAAACGUCACAGAAGCUGCAAAGAGUCCUAAUGGGUUGGUGGUAGUUUCCAUAUUUAUGAAAGUAUCUGAAUCAUCAAAUCCAUUUCUAAAUCGUAUGCUUAACAGAGACACUAUAACAAGAAUAACGUAUAAAAAUGAUGCAUACUUACUACAGGGGCUUAACAUCGAGGAGCUUUACCCAGAGACCUCUAGUUUCAUUACAUAUGAUGGGUCAAUGACAAUUCCACCCUGCUAUGAAACAGCAAGCUGGAUAAUAAUGAACAAACCCGUCUACAUAACAAGAAUGCAGAUGCAUUCCUUACGACUGCUAAGCCAGAAUCAGCCAUCACAGAUUUUUCUGAGCAUGAGCGACAAUUUCAGACCAGUCCAGCCUCUCAACAAUCGAUGUAUCCGAACUAAUAUCAACUUUAGUUUACAGGGAAAAGAUUGUCCAAACAAUAGAGCACAGAAACUACAGUAUAGAGUAAAUGAAUGGCUCCUCAAGUAAGACAGAGCAGGCAGAACCCAUAACCUCAGUGGAAUGCUACAACUGUGAUUGACAUAAUCUAGAAUGCACCCAAACUCACUCUCUCUUUGGGUUCGUGACAGCAUGUGCAAGCAUGCUGUAGGAAUAAAGCUGCCAUGUUGGAAACUCAACUUAAAAUUCAUUCAUAUGAUUGGUGGUAAUUAAAAAUAAAAAGACAGUAUUACACGUAAAUGUGAUUACAAUUUUGAUACGGUUUUCCUGAACUAAUUUAGCAUCACAAAAAAAAAAAAAAAAGAAAGAAAGCAAGAAAAAGAAAAAAAAAAGACUUUUCAGCCUUUGUACAUAUGAAAUUCUUCCUCUUUUCCCCCCUCUCCCUCAAACUAAAAGAAAAAAGAGAAAAAAGGUGGCUUGGUGCAGCAUCAAAGUGGAGUUGUGUUCUGUGUGCCAAGUAAUCCUUGGAAAGCUCUCAUUAUUUCACUAUCAUUAAUGGAUACUGACGAGAAAGAACAAGAAGACUGUAGAGCAAACUUAUUUCUAGAUUAUGAUCCUUCUGUUCAUUUAAUUAAAAAAGGGACAGACUGAGAGAUAAGUAUUGUAAAUAUAUCACUGCAGAAUACAAAGGAAAUUUAAACAUUUCCCUCUGUCACAUAUCUGUAGUAGGAUUUGCCAAAAUCAGAAUUGAUCCAUUUUCUGUUUCUUGUUUUACAACAAGUCAUACGUUGUGUUGGUUACUAAUAACAACUCAAUAAAUGUGUCUAACAAAUUAAUUUAGUAAACUUGCUUUGGUUUAUUUUUUUCCUUUCUGAAAUAACAAGCCUCCAAGUAUUUGUGGCUGCAUUGUUUGUGUUUUUGUUGACUUUUUUCUCUUUUUUUUAAAAUUUCAUUUAUUUGUUUGCAGCCAAUUUAAGCCAGUUAAUGGCAAUUGUGAAUGCAGUUAAAUCUAGUAUAACUUUAACUCUGCUUUACAGUCAAUCAUUAACAGAAGCUGGGCUCAGAAACAGAUUGCAGUUGAAACAUCUCCGUUUCAAAUUGUCAUUUUCCCUGUUCAAUUCAUUACAGCGACAAACAAACUCAACCCUGUAAAUUGGUGGUGGAAGAAGAUAUAUUUUCUUUACAGAUAAAGCAGGAGCUGACCAAGUAAAAGGGAAUGCCUUUUUUCUUGUUUAUAAUGGUCAUUCACUGUGUUUGGUUACUGUCAAGAACUAAAUAAAUGUGUUUAACAAGUUCA